AUGGCUCUGCUGGUCUCAUUUCAUGGAGGGAAUCGGGUCAUAGCGUGGGUCCUGCUUCUGCUGCUGUCAGUGGUGUGCGUGCAAGCUGGGAACUCAGCAGGAUCCAACAGAGUAAAUCGCUAUAGGGUGGAGCAACCAGAACGCCUCUAUGGUGUCCAGGGCGGCUCCAUCGAGAUCCCCUUCUCCUUCUACUUCCCUGGGGAAUUGGAACAAAUUCCACCAAUGAGUAUUCUCUGGAGAUGGAAGCAGUCCUAUGGGGAAUUGAUCUACAACUCUUCCUCGGGUUUCAUACACGAGCAUUUUAAGGACCGGCUCAUCCUGAACUGGACACAGCCUCAGACAUCCGGAGUCCUCAGAAUCCUGGACUUGAAGGAGCAGGACCAGACAGUGUACUUCUGCCAAGUUCGUCUGAACACAAGUAAAGGCUUACAGAAGUUUCAUUCGAAUAAAGGGACCCACCUCACCAUCACCCAAGUCGUCAGAACCACCACGAAGAGCCCCUCCAUGGUCUCCUCUGUUGCCACCACGGCUAGCUUGGAGAACUCAGAGGGCCAGAGGAAUCCUUCUUUUGUGAACAUAGUAGCCACAGUCGGGGUGAUUGUGGCCACGGCUGUGCUCAUAACCCCAAUCUGUGUACUGAUGAUCUUCCUCUGGUGGAAGCAAAGGCCAGCAGACUAA